CAUGUUUGGAAUAUCCAUUCAUUACCAAAUUUCCUUCAUUCUCUCUCUCUCUCUAUUUCUUCUUCUCUUCUACUAUGUUGCACUCUCAUCAGCACCUUCUCUUCUCAACCCUCCCUGUUCCUCUCUCACUCACCCAUCAUCACCACCACCACCCUUCACCAUCUCUUAUUUUUCUCCAUAGACCCAUCACAACAACAACAACAACAGUUUCAGCCAUUCCUUAUGAUGCAUGGCUUGCACAACUCACAACAACACAAGAAUUACUGGGAGGAGGACCCAUUGAACUCCCUUUUUCCACUCCUUCAGUUUUCACAGAUGAGCCUUCAUCUUCUACCCUUCAGCUUGCUUCCACCCUCCUUCUCUCAGGAGCCAUUGCUCUCUUCCUCUUUCGCUCCAUACGCCGACGGGUCAAACGUGCCAAACAAUUGAAAUUUAGGUCUUCAGGAGUGAACAAGUCACUGGAUAGCUUGAAUGCUAUGAGGUCAAGUUCCAUCAAAGCCAAGAAUCCACCUUCACCUGACCAAGCAUUGUUAGGGGCAGUUAUAGCAGGUGUUAUUGCUGUUUUCCUCUACAGGUUCACCACAUCUAUUGAGUCUUCUCUCGGACGCCAAACACUUUCAGAUAAUUUCUCAGUUCGUCAGAUAACAAUCACUAUAAGGACAAUAAUAAAUGGCUUGUGCUACCUUGCUACAUUUGUCUAUGGCAUCAACUCUGUUGGUUUAUUUCUUUAUUCUGGCCAGCUUGCCAUGGACACCAUUGUGGGAGGCUCAACUGGAAAGGAAUCUGAAAGCAAAAUCAUUAAGCAGCAAGUUCAGAAUCUCACAAAUAAUAAACUGAGCAACACAAAGGAAGAUCAAGGUUCAAAUAAUUCACUAUAAUAGAAGCCUUGUGCUGAAGAUAAUAUAUGAUUCAGGAGUUAUACUCUAUGUAUUCACACAAACCUGUCUUCACCAAAAACCAGUGUAUUACCACUUAUUCAAAGACAAAAAUACAAAGCAUGUUGCUUAUUGCUUAUACUUGUAAUCAGUCCUCUUGCAUUUUCAUCAAGAACAUUAAGCAGCUGCUUGCAUGGUUGGGUUGUGUGA